AUGAGGCUCCUCCAGCUACCCGAGUGCAUCCUGAACGAGUUCGAGGCAACGGCCACACCCAAAUUCGCGAUAUUAUCGAACGGCCGAGAUAACAUACAUCUAAGAGGCGGGAAAUUGGACAUAGGGUCAUCAAACUUACACGAAUCUCUCGCCAAUACUUGGAUUACCAGGGCAGCGGACCAUUUGACCCUGCUGGGGAUAUAUCAUGUCUGGGUAGCCGAAGUUUGUAUUAGCUCCGCAGACGAGGAGAGGAACGACGCUGUCAACGGGCUUCAGCAGCGGCUAGAGAAGGCAGAGGUAUGUUUCGUAUAUCUACAUGAUCUGCCCGUUGGGGCAUCGUACGAUCAAGACGUCUGGGCAAAGUGCACUUUCUGGAAGCAGGCUCGGGCCCUCCCGGAUUUGGCAAUUCCUUCCCGUGUGGAGUUCUUCGAUUAUGGAUGGACGCCAAAGGGAUCAAGAGGGUCGGCGGAACUUGCAUCACUCAUCUCAGCCAUCACAAAUAUUUCCACUCGAGUGCUACUCGAUAGCAGCACGCUCACGGAUUUCGGGCUCGGCGUGCGUAUUUCUUGGGCUGCGGGCCGAACGGCGACUCUCGAGGAGGAUCUAAUAUACUACCUCGCCCCCAUCUUGGGUAUUUCUAUUCAAACGCGAUAUGGCGAGGGGCGUGAGCAAGCCUUCCUUCGAUUGCAAAGGAAGGUUCUCCGCGACUGUCGAGACGGAUCCGUGUUUGGAUGGCUUAGCAGCGACGAAAAAGAAGUGCGAGGAAUGUUCUCGAAGUCGCCAGACGAAUUCUCACACUUUUCCGGACCACACAGGAAAUAUCAAUGGGAGGGGCCAUGGCCCAUGUCAAGCAAGAUACGGUUCUGCAACAGGGGACUUGAAUUACAAGUUCAGACAUACAAACUGGAUCCAUAUAUCGUGGUUGAUAUUGGCUGCUCCGAAGCCAACGUCUCGCAGCUCAAGCACCGCCGGGUCGGUAUUCUCCUACGAAACUGGAGUGGUGUUUAUGUCCGAGCCAAACCAGCAGUGCAGUCGGUUGUCUUUAGCACUGCUCCCUUUCAAAUGAUCGACGUUAUUCAGAAUCUAGAUACUCGAACGGCGGCCAAGAUCUACUCCCACUUCGAGUCCAAAGACACCAGUACCAGUCUCAUGAGCAUCAGUCCGGUCGAACAGCACCUUGCCACAGCAUUAGCCAUCAGCACCAGUCCCAGGGAAGUUCUCGAGGCUGGUAGUAUGCGUGGCAUAUCGCCAAAUGAGGAUACCAGAUCCGGAAACGUCACACCGACGUCGGUCCAGCUGAGCCCAGGGGUCAAAAGGGGUCGGUCAGGCCGUCCAAUGUCCUCGCCAGGCAGCCGCCAAGAGCAGGCCGGGCCGUCCUCAAGAAGCUAUAGGAGGUCACAUUCGGACUCUGAGAGCAACAGUGAUUCCGAUUCCAGCAGUGAGUCAGAGUACGACGACUAUGACGAGUACGAAGACGAGGUCAUAGAUCUCGACCCGAACCACCCGCUACUAGCCAUUCUCUCGACUUUAGUCGACUUCGUGUACCGUGAAGGCAAAUCAUGGAUCAGCUCGGCGACAUACACCACACCGCCUCAGGACAGACUCCCUCCCAAGAAGCGAUGUAGGACUAUCGAUGACCAGUCAUUGUCUGCCUUGAUCAAAUACGAAGAGGGGGCAAAUGACAGUCUUAUCGCUCGCCGUUUCGACGGGUUUUACCAUCUGGCAUGCCCCUACUACAUCGCCAAGCCCGAGAAGUACUACAAGUCUUGUCUUCUCGGCCACUCUCUCCAAUCAAUAGAGGAUGUUAUCGGGCAUUUAAUUCAGCACCACAAGGAACCGCCGUACUGUCCUAUCUGCCGACGGGAAUUUGACAGUCCGUGGGUACGUGACCAGCACGUGCGUACCAGAACAUGUACUAUCCAAAAUUCGGGCAAGGUGGAUGGGGUGAACGAACGGCAACGACGCAAGCUGCGCAAGCGAGAUCAGGUGCGCCUGGGCGAAGAAAAACGCUGGACGCGCGUCUGGCAUACCGUCUUCCCCGAACUUGCGCUACCAGAGUCGCCGUAUCUUUAUAAAGGCGUGGAUGUGGCUGUGGCGAUGAUGCGAGACUACUGGGCGACUCGGGGUCCGAAGUUGGCCGAGGAGUACCUGGGCAACGCCACUCAGCUAGACUCACAUGACGUGCAGACUAUGAAUGCCUUCUAUAGGCUGGUUCUGGACGAUUUGUUGGCAAAGGUGUGGGAUGAUGUUGAUUUUCGGAGUGGCGGGGAAGCAACAGGCAACAGCGGGAAUGGUUGA